AUGAGCAUAGGUGACUCAGCAGAGCUGGAGGGUCACCUCAGUCUCAGCGAUCGUUUGAAGGUGUUCAAAGCUUCUCAGUUCGACCCCGAUGCCUAUCUCCUCUCCAAAUGCCAUGCUAUGACCGAGAAGGAGAUUAAGCAUGUGUGUUCACACUUGUUGGAGUUAAGGAAGGCGUCUGCAGAGGAAAUGCGUAAAAGUGUUUAUGCUAAUUAUACCGCCUUCAUACGCACAUCCAAGGAGAUUUCAGUUCUUGAGGGGGAACUCCUUUCCAUGAGGAAUCUUCUAUCUACUCAGGCAGCUUUAGUUCAUGGUUUAGCUGAAGGUAUCAUCCUUGAUUCCUUGUCAACCGGUCCUGAAGAUUCAGAAGCGGAGGACAUAUCUGAUGUUGAAAAUACAAAACUUACCAAAACAGAGAAGUGGUUUGUAGAAUUUUUGGACACCCUUGAAGUUCUAUUGACGGAAAAGAGAGUAGAAGAAGCUAUGGCUGCAUUGGCUGAAGGGGAGCAAUUAGCAAAAGAAGCUAAAAGUAAACAGACCUUAAGCUCGGAUGCACUCCUAAAAUUGAAGAAUGCCCUCAGUGUGCUGAGACAAAAACUGGUUGAUCAGCUUGCAGAGGCUACUUGCCAACCUUUCACACAUGGUGCCGAGCUUCGUUCUGCUGUUUUAACCAUUAAAAACCUUGGGGAUGGUCCUCGUGCCCAUACGUUGCUACUCAAUUCUCACCAACAAAGGCUGCAGCGUGGUAUGCAAAGCCUUCGCCCUUCAAGCACUUCUUAUGGAGGAGCGUUUACUUCAGCCCUUUCACAGCUGGUAUUUUCAACCAUUGCACAGGCUGCUAGUGAUUCCUUGGCAGUUUUUGGUGAGGAGCCUGCUUACUCAUCUGAACUUGUAACUUGGGCUAUCAAGCAAACUGAAGCUUUUGCACUUCUCUUAAAGAGACAUGUUCUAGCUUUAUCAGCAGCUGCAGGGGGUCUAAGAGUUGCCACUGAAUGUAUUCAGAUAUGCCUCGGCCAUUGCUCUUUGUUAGAAGCUCGUGGAUUGGCCCUUUCCCCCGUAUUAUUGAGGCUUUUUAGGCCCAGUGUCCAAUUGGCAUUCAGUGCCAACUUAAAAAGAAUUGAACAGAGCAGUGCUGCUCUAGCUGCAGCAGAUGAUUGGGUGCUUACUUAUGCAUCAGUUGGUGCACGUCCAUUCUCUUCUACUUCAUCUCUUAAUAAUGCAAAUGUGUCACAACCAAAGCUUUCAAGCAGUGCUCACAGAUUCAAUUCAAUGGUUCAGGAAUUUCUGGAGGAUGUUGGUCCCCUUGAGAGUCUUCAGUUGGAUGGUCCAGCUUUAGAAGGUGUUUUACAAGUAUUCAACUCCUAUGUUAAUCUGUUGAUAAAUGCAUUGCCUGGAUCAAUGGAAAAUGAAGAAAAUUUAGAAGGUUCUGGCAGUAAAAUUGUUAGAAUGGCCGAGAACGAAUCCCAACAAAUGGCAUUACUCGCCAAUGCAUCAUUGCUAGCAGAUGAACUACUUCCCCGUUCUGCAAUGAAGCUUUUGCCAUUGAGCCAGUCUAACAGAGUGGAUGCCACCCCUAAAAGAGCUUCAGAUAGGCAAAGCCGUCUUCCAGAACAAAGGGAAUGGAAGAGGAAACUUCAGCGCUCAGUUGAUCGCUUGCGAGAUAGCUUCUGUAGACAACAUGCCCUUGACCUCAUCUUCACAGAAGAUGGGGACAUCCGUCUCAAUGCACAGAUAUAUAUAAGCUUGGAUGGGAAUUCAGAAGAACCUGAAUGGUUUCCAUCUCCAAUUUUCCAGGAACUUUUUUUAAAAUUGACACGGGUUGCAAGUAUUGCGACUGAUAUGUUUGUGGGUAGGGAAAGAUUUGCUACUAUUCUGUUAAUGAGACUCACAGAGACGGUGAUCCUUUGGCUUUCUGAUGAUCAAAGCUUUUGGGAACAGAUAGAGCAGGGGCCUAUGCCUUUGGGUCCCCUUGGUCUUCAACAGUUUUAUCUGGAUAUGGAGUUUGUUAUCAUUUUCUCUUCUCAAGGCCGAUAUCUGUCUCGAAAUCUGCAACAAGUGAUCAAGAACAUAAUAGAGAGAGCUAUGGAUGCAGUUACCGCAACUGGAAUUGAUCCAUACAGUGUGUUGCCAGAGGAUGACUGGUUUGCUGAAGUUGCUCAAAUAGCAAUAAAGAUGUUAUCUGGUAAAGCCAACUUUAGCAGUAUGGAUAGAGAUGUAACAAGCCCUACAGCAUCGAUAUCUGCCAAAUCUAUAUCUUCAGUUGUAUCCCACGGGAGUAACUAGAGUUCGACCAUUAAUGUUUGCUCUUUCCAUAUAGCAAAGCAACC